CUUCGUUCUAGUUGCAUCGAUCUCGUCUCUACACUGACUUCAGGUUACUAAAACCUCGCAAUACACCAAUAUCGAGGACGUCAUGUGUACCGCAACGAUGCUCAUGGGUACUGCUCGUGUAUAUCUUCUUCAGGCUCACUGUCACAAUGUCGAACCUCAUCCAAGACACAUCACAAAACACACAUUUGCUAAUCACGAUUCGUCUUCAACUUUGAUCGCACAGAUUCUCUCUUCAGUCUGUUCACGAGUUCGGCCAAAACACUUUCGAAGGAGCCUCGUCGUAUAAACUUCUACAAAGACCAUAUCAUUCAUGACCGACCAUGCAAAUCUCAAGCUCCUCGCCAGCUACUCCAUAACCGCCUUCCUCCUCAGCACUGGCGUGCUCGCACUCCUGAGCCCUACAACAGUGGCAGCUCUCUUCGGCAUGCCCAUAGCCGACAAUACCUUCGCCUCGGGCUUGGUACAGUGUAUGGGCGGACGCAACCUGACUUUUGGCAUUAUCAGUGCUGUUUUCAUUUCAAAGCGGAUUCAAAAGGCUGCGGCGACGAUGGCGCCAAUGUUGGCGAUUGAUGGCUGUGUGGAUGGGUGGGUGACGUGGCGGUACGCUGGGAUGGGAGCGGCGGUGCCGCACUUUGGGGCUGCUGCUGCGAUUCCGUUCAUGUCUGCGUGGAUGUCGUCCUGAGAUAAAUGCAAGUGGAAGACGCGGACGGAUUACUAGAGAGCAGGAUUCUUCCAUUGCAAAACGAAACCUGUGAACACCGAAGAACAAAAGGCCAGCCAUUACAACACCAGUA